UCUCUCUUGUUUUAAACUCGUGUCUUCUCUCUUCUCCCACACAGUCUACACUUCCACUCAAUGGCCGCAUCACGAGUUUUCUGUCUCCUUGCAUUCACUCUCCUCGCCGUAUUUUUCACCGUCUCCUGCCAUAACAUCACCCAAAUUCUCUCCGAAUCCCCGGAUUAUUCCUCCUUCAACAGCUACCUCUCACAAACAAAGCUCAGCGACGAGAUCAACAGCCGCACUACCAUCACCGUCCUUGUCCUCAACAAUGACGCGAUGUCUUCCCUCGCCGGGAAACACCCACUCUCCGUUAUCAAAACUGCUCUCAGCCUCCUCGUUCUCCUCGAUUACUACGACCCCCUGAAGCUCCACAAGAUCUCACAAGGCACCACACUCACCACCACGCUUUACCAAACCACCGGUCGCGCUGCCGGAAACGCAGGGUUCGUCAACGUCACUGAUCUCAAAGGAGGCAAGGUUGGCUUUGGCUCCGCCGCUCCUGGUUCCAAUCUCGACGCCAACUACACCAAAUCCGUUAAACAGAUCCCUUACAACAUCUCCAUCCUCGAGAUCAACGCUCCAAUCAUCGCUCCUGGAAUCUUAACCGCACCAGCUCCCUCCAACAACAUGACCGGACUUCUCGAGAAAGCUGGUUGUAAGACAUUUGCGAGUAUGCUCGUGUCAAGCGGUGUGCUAAAAACCUACGAAUCCACCGUUCAAAAAGGCGGCUUGACGGUUUUUGCGCCGUCCGAUGAAGGUUUCAAAUCCGAAGGUGCAGCACCAGAUCUGACGAAGCUCACGCAAGCUGAGGUGGUCUCGCUGCUAGAGUAUCACGCCCUCGCGGAGUACAAACCCAAAGGCUCAUUAAAGAUCAACAAAGAUGUAAUCUCCACGUUAGCCACUAACGGAGCCGGAAAAUAUGAUUUAACGACGUCAACUUCAGGUGACGAGGUUACUCUUCACACUGGCGUCGGUCCGUCCAGAGUUGCUGACACGGUGGUUGAUGAGACGCCCCUCGUAAUAUUCAAGGUGGAUAAAGUCCUCCUCCCCGUAGAGCUCUUCGGAAAAUCUCCAUCUCCGGCGCCGGAACCAGUGAGUGCACCGUCGCCAACGAGUGCAUCGACACCGUCUCCGGCUAAGUCACCGUCUCCAACGAAAAAACCAUCACCGUCUCCAACGAAAGAACCGUCACCGGUCGCAGCUUCUCCUUCUCCACCGGCACCUCCAGUUGAUGAAUCUUCGGAAGGAGCUGCUCCGUCAGACUCGCCAACAAGUUUAGAGAACAGCCAUGCAAAAAACGCAGCGUUUCACGUGAACACUCCUGCGUACUUCACCGCAUUGGUCACUCUUGCGGCCACAUCCCUAUUGAUAUAGAGAACUCUUGCAACUUCUCGUUAUUACGCCGACUGUUCUUUUUCUCUUUUUUCUUUAGCUUUGUUAAUUAAAACUGGGAUAAGAAAGUGAGGUUGAAGUUAAUCUUUGUAUUAAUCCAGACAUAGAUGUUUGUUUCGUCUAAAGGUGUGAGUUUGUAAUA